GAACGCCCCAACCCAAACUUCGGCGACUGACCGAGCUGAGCAACCGAAGCAUACUUGGGAGUUGAUCUAGUAGUGAUCUAGUAGUCUUGUCUGUCCCUUGGCAUAGUAAGUAUCCUUUUUUUUUUCGUGUACAUCAUGCAAAAGGGGUAUUUAUACCGUAUACCGUAUUCCGUAUUCCGUACAUGUUCAAAGGCCAAAUCGCUAACAAAACGGGGUCUUCACCAUGUUAUUUUCGGUCGCAGACGUCGGCAGUGACCCAAACCAUGCCUGACAGGAGUGAAGUGCAGCAAAAUACGCCAAGGUUAAAUAUCGGGCCUGUGCUAUGCGUCCAGCACAUUGGCUCAGGUAGACAGGGGCAACGACCCAGCAGCUGCGACCCAAGGUACCCAAUCCGGGAGUUGCGUUCCGAGAGUUGCAAAACCAUGCAGGCCCGCUACAUCUUUCAGGGGAACGAGCCCCGGUCCCCUGAGUUUAGGGAUUCUUGGAAUCAUUCGCACAUUUCGGUAUAAUUUACCCCGUCUAUCCUCAGUGGUACGUAUCAGACGGCGCUGGGCACCUUCUGGUCACGCUCGAGCAUUAUGGUAAGCUCGGCAUAAGCAGACGAGUGAGAAACUAGCUCUCUUGGCAUAAUUCGGAGAUUGCUGGAAUUCUGAUAGGCAUAUUUCCGGCAGAUCCAGGAUGCCACGUGUGUAUCGCGAGAUUGACUAGGAUCUACUAGAUCGCCCGCAUAUUGCCCGUAGAUUUCCCGAGAAUAUAUAUAUUACUGCGAGAUGCCUCACGAUGGUCUCACUCUUCCAUUCCCGUGAAGGUUCACGGCAUCAUGGCUUUCUCAUCUUUCGCUCGAGCGCUGCUUCUGGCGAGCGCUCUUCCCCUCGCAACCCUUGUCGGCGCCCAGACAGUGACUCAGAAUGGCGAAUUGAUCCCUGCUGAUGAGACAACUGUGGCCCCGGCUGCCCAGCUUCUUGAAGACCCAGCUUCUGUUUUGUCUGAGGCCGAAAGGUUUCAACUUACGGAUGCCGUCCUAGCGAACCUGACGGAAUUGGAGCUUAGCAAUGUUUCGCUCUUCAACUUUGCCAGCUCUGACGAAGUAGUUGCCAAGCGCUCCAUUUUCAACCGCUGCAAGACGUCUCCAGGAGACCUACUCUGGCCGUCCAAGCCGAUCUGGACCGUUUUCAACAUCCUGACGGGAGGCGCGCUCAUUGAGACGGUCCCGAUUGGCGCCGUUUGUUAUAAGAACAACAAGCACUAUAACGCUGCGAAGUGUGCUAAUAUUCUAGCUCACUGGACAGAGUCGGCCACCCAUGCGGGAGACCCUACCUCGGUCAUGUCACCUCUCUACCAGGGCGAGACCUGCAUGCCUCAAGCCGGCAACACAAGCACCUGCGAGCUAGGCGGUUUCCCCUCUUAUUCUGUUAAGGCGACAACCGUCUCGCAGAUCCAACUCGCCGUCAACUUCGCUCGCAACCUCAACCUUCGCCUUGUUGUUCACAACACUGGCCAUGACUUUCUCGGCAAAUCAACUGGUGCCGGUGCGCUCUCGAUCUGGACUCAUAACCUGAAGAGCAUCAGCUUUAUUAAAAGCUACAGCUCCCCCUCGUACAAAGGGCCUGCCUUCAAGCUCGGCGCUGGUAUCCAGGUGCUCGACUUGUAUGAGGCAGCUAAGAAGUACGGUGUCACUGCUGUCGGCGGUGAAUGCAAGGGUGUUGGUGUUACUGGCGGUUACAUUGCUGGAGGCGGCCACUCUCCAAUUUCGUCAAAAUACGGCAUGGGCGCGGACCAGGUCCUCAGCAUCGACGUUGUUACUCCCGAUGGGCGCUUUGUCACUGCUGACGAAAAGAACAACAAGGAUCUGUUCUGGGCUAUCCGUGGCGGCGGUGGUGGCACUUUUGGUGUGGUCACCAGCAUGACUGUCAAAGUCCACCCAAAGAUGAACUUUUCCGGCGUGACGUUCACCAUCCUGAGUGGUCCCGGUACCAACGUUCCUGACAACAUCUUUUGGGCUGCCCUUGAGGCCUACUGGCGCAAAUUCCCUGGAUACGCUGCGAAAGGCACCUACGGGUACUCUAGUAUAUUCCCGCUUGGCCCUGCCGGUGGAUAUAUGUGGAGCAUGCUACCAUGGCUUGUACCUCAGAUGAGCCUUGUCGACUUCAAGGCUAUGGUGACCCCGCUCUUUGACGAGUGGACUGCGCUGGGUCUCCAAUUUGAGCCAGUGUUCUUUGAGCACGAUAACUUUUACGACACAUGGACAUCCCAUUUCCCCGUCGAGGGCGUCGCUAAUAGCAAUCUGCGCACCGCAUCGCGCCUGUUCCCUAUCAAGAACUGGGCAGAUGAGGUAACUCUAAACAAGACCAUCUCCACCAUCCGUUCUGUUAUCGAGGACGGUUCCGCAUUCAUCCAAUACAACAUUAACGGAGCCGCACCAGCCGGUACACCAGACAACGCAGUGAACCCAGCAUGGCGUGAUGCUACUCUCUAUGGUAUCUUUGGUGGCGGAUGGGCUCCAGAUGCUCCAUUGGAGGAUAUCGCCUUUGCCAACAAGAGGAUAACGAACGAUUGGGGAGCUCGAUUCCGCGCGAUUACCCCGGGCAGCGGCGGUUAUCUCAACGAAGGCGAUGUCAUGGAGCCGAACUUUGGACAGGCCUUCUUCGGAUCCAACUAUGACAGGCUGAAGCGCAUCAAGAAGGCGACGGAUCCAUGGAACGUCUUCUGGGCGCCUACCGCUGUUGGCAGUGAGGACUGGUAUAUUACCGGCCAAGAAGACUGGCUGACUCUCCAGACUGGGCGUUUGUGCCCGAAAUAGGAUGUUAAAACAUAUGGCAGACAGUUUCGUACAUAUAAUAUUUAAUACCUGUCCCGCCAAGAUAGAUCACACACGUUCGGCCUGUCGGCAGCACGUUAACUUCAAGCUAUUACCAUAAAAUUUUAAUGCACAAGAAGGCGUCGGCUGCGGCCUUAAUAAUAAUUAUCCGUCUUCACUAAGUUUCCACUUUAUAUUUUGAUAUUUUGAUAUUUAUGCUCUCUUACUUCUUGAACCACCCCGCAUGUACUAGGUAUCUCAUACCUACUACAGAGUAACACAGAAUUGUGGAAGUAAGUAUCGCAAUAUGUUUCGAUGAAAGUCAUUCGAAAAAUACCGAUGUCACGCAAAAGCUUGCGUGAAUUGAACGAAUCACUAGGUUGAGAUGCGAUUCUGGUUCUCGUUACAGCGUCA